CACCAUCAGUCAUUACAUAUCAUUCAUUUAGAUUAUGCUUUUGUGCACAUAAACUUGUCGGAAGUAAUACAUUUCCUUCCUGGCACUUCUCUUAAAUCAGUAAAACUAAAUUUCCUGUAACACUUUCCAGGUCUCGACAGUUCUACACAAGCACAUCUCCAUUAGUUCAGUAGAAGGGGCAUAACAAGCACCUCUGGUGUGGUCUACAAAGCGGACGUUUUCAUUAAUUAAAUUAUUAUUGCAAGUCUAAUAGAUGCUAGAAAUCAAACAAAAAUGUGAAUAGAAUAAAAAAUUGUCUGGAGUUCAAUAUGGAGUGGGAGGUGGUGUUUAAAUUGUUUUUUUUUUUUACUUGCGCAUUUAUAAUUGGGGUAUGAUCUGCCAUUGUUGCACAAGACCUGGCAACCCUGAAGCAGAUUCUCGUCUGAUCAGUUUUCAUAAACCGGUCUCGGGGACCAAAACAAUAUCACUAAUCCUCGUGUUGUAAACCUUUCUUGCUAUUUUACAUUUUUACUUUCAGGAAGCCAUCGAUGUUGCUUAUAGGUUGCUCCUGAGAUCACGAACAUGGGAUCGUGGAUUUAUUGUAUCUUGUUGUUUGUGUUCGGAUGUUCGGUUGGAGAAUGUAAGCUUAUAUUUGUCACAAUGUUAUAUCGCCAUGGUGACCGUUCUCCAGUUAAAGCCUAUCCAACAGACCCGUACCAGGAGAGUGCAUGGCCACAGGGAUUUGGACAGCUUUCUCAGGAAGGUAUGGAGCAGCACUUUGAGCUGGGCCAGUUUCUAAGAAAGCGCUACACAGGUUUCUUGAGCAAAGACUAUACUCGUUUUGAGAUUGCUGUACGAAGCACAGAUUAUGAUCGCACUUUAAUGAGUGCUGCCUCAAAUCUUGCUGGACUUUACCCACCCAAUGGCUCUCAAGUGUUUCAUCCUGGUUUGAACUGGCAGCCUAUACCAAUACACACAGUCCCCAAGGAUGAGGAGAUGCUGCUGUCAUUUCCAAUAGCAAACUGCCAACGCUACCAAUUGCUCAUGAAUGAGACAGAAAGAACAGAGAUCUUCCUCAAUAUCACCAAGACUUACAAAGAUUUCAUGGAAAUGGUGCAAAAUAAAACGGGGCUGACUUCUGUUUCCAUUGAGAGAGUGUGGAGUGUCUAUGACACACUUUUCUGCGAGAUGAAGCAUGGCCUAACCCCGCCAGCCUGGGUGACUCCAGAUGUGAUGAAGACACUGAAGCUGCUGAAGAACUUCGGGUUCCAGACAUUGUUUGGUGUCUAUAAAAGAGAGGAGAAAUGCCGGCUACAGGGAGGUGUCUUGCUGGAUCAGAUUAUUAAGAACCUAUCAGCUGCUGCCACUUCAACCUCAAAUCAGCAGCUGAAAAUGAUAAUGUAUUCUGCGCAUGACACAACCAUUGUAGCAUUGCAGGAGGCGCUUAAUGUGUAUAAUGGAUUGCAACCACCGUAUGCUUCCUGCCACAUAUUUGAACUGCACCAGGACAACAAUGGUUCAUUUUCUGUGGCAAUGCUUUAUCGUAAUGAUAGCUCUGUGGCUGAGCCUUAUUAUUUAACUUUACCUGGCUGUGCCCAGCAGUGUCCCCUGCAGGACUUCAUCAGACUCACACAUUCAGUCAUUCCAACAGAUUGGCACAAGGAGUGCCAGAUCAACUCAUCUGCAAAUGAUAAAGAUGUGGUUAUUGGGCUGGUUGUCUGUGGCCUCGUUCUUCUGCUCCUUCUUGUUGUUUUGUUUGUUGUGUUGUGCCGUCAAGGUGAGCCAGCCAUUGGUUACAGCCAUGUUAUCAACCAGAGUGAUGAUCACUCCUGACAGUCAUACCAGCUUCUGUGAAACAGAGUCAUCAUAUAGUGAUGGACUAUGAAUGAUCAUUCAAACUCACUUAACUCAGCAGGUGUCAGCUACACAGCAACCUGAGCUGCUUCUUCUUCUUCUUUCGGCUUCUCCCAUUAGGGGUCAGACAGAGAAUCAUUAAUUCGUGAUCCGCAUGUUUGAUUUGGCACAUGUUUUUACGCUGGAUGCCCUUCCUAACGCAACCCUCCUCAUUUAUCUGGGCUUGGGACCGGCACUAAGAGUGCACUGGCUUGUGCAACCCUAAUGGCUGGGUUCUAGCAACCUGAGCUAUCAUGGAUCAUUUUUAGUCUUUAUAUUUUUAAUAAGAAAAUUGCAAUUUUUCCUCUUUUUGCAUUUUUUUUUUUUUUUUUUAAGAAAGGCAGCCCCCCAACCAAAUAUUUUCCUGUAUAUAAUCAAAUUCCACAUUUCAACCUUUCCUCUGUCUUAUGCUUCCAUGAAACUGAAACUGAACAUGAAGCUGUUGCUCCUGUGAUUCUUGGGAACAUUGUACACACGUGGAGAAAAAAUGCUAUUGGCCCCCUUGUGCUCACAUGAGCCCCAGACUUGUGUGGCUGUGAUUGACUAGGAGAAAGUUUGCCACCCCACACUACCUGAGAGCCAGCACAGGCUGUGGCAUUCUUGGGAUUCAAAAUUACAAUAGAGAGCAUUCUUUGAGUAUAAUCAUUUGUUUACACAUCUGAAAAGACAAAAUGAAAUGUGUAACUGUUUUUCUUUUUUCACAGUGAUCUUGUGACCUGCUAAAAUAUGUGUAUGCUAAUGUGUCUCUAUGUCUUUCUUCAGAUCUGUUUUUUUUAUCUGUUUUUUUUUUUAGAUUUUCUACUUCAGUCAAUGCUUAUGUUGUGUUUAUUCCUUGUUUAUAUACUUACCCACUGGUAAGUAUAUAAACAAGGAAUAAACCCAACAUAAGCUUUCAUUUUUAUUUAAAACUCCUGCUGAUUAAUGCAAUUAAGUAAUCAUCGAAUCAGACAUUCUUUACAGCUGUGAUGUGCAUAAAAGCCAAAUGGUUUGCAACAUUGUCAAUUAAGAAAGUACAUGAAGAUACAAUGGGCCCAAUUCCACCAAAACUUGAUAGAAACUUAAUUAAGGUCAAGUGAAACUUUGUUUGUAGUUUUUCGGUUCACAUCUUUUCUUUUAUUUUGUCUUACACUAGUAUGGAUGCAAGAAGAUUAAACACUUCAAUGAUUUUAUUAUGGUAUGACUGUUCACCCAUCUCUAUAGUCAUACAUAGUGAUGGCAGAUAUGCAAGUUUGAUGUGUAAACCAAAUGUAAUUGUCAAAAGUAAAAAAUCUGUCCAAAUUAAUUGUCAUGUGAGUUUCAUAACAGAAAGAUGUUACAGAUGUUUCUUCAUUAAUCAGUAUUUUCUGUUACGGCAUUUAGGAGAUAUUUUGUUAGAUUUUGCAUAUCAAAUCAAAAAUGAUAUACCCUUUUUGAAGUUCACCAUUAUUGUAAUUAAAAAAUCUAGCUGAUUUUAAUUGUAUAUAAAUUUGACUGGCUAACUGUCAUUGUUUUUACUGUAUAUGAAUAUUAGGUCAGUUGGAUAUUAAAACAACAUUCCAGAUUUGUAACUGCCUGUAGAGCUUGUAAUUGUUAUGUUCACUUUGAUUUUCCAAGGACUUUUUUUUUGUUUUAAGUGCCACUUUGCCUUUGCAAAUUAAAAAUUAAAAUUUUCAAAUGACUGUAAAAUUGCACUUUUCCACAAAAAUUUGAAAGUAUCAGCAUUUUUAAUGAAAAUAGUUUAACAUUUCAUUAGAGUAGGAACAAAAUGCUUCAUGUAAAAGUGUAGAUAUAAAGAUAUAGCUGUACUUUAUUUACAUUUAAGGCAUUUGUAAAAUGCCUUAAUUCAUUUUAAACAUUGAAACCAUGUACAUACAACGAACACAAAUACUGACCAUUCAAUUUACUUGGCUCACCUGUACACCUCUAUUUAUGCAUUUAUCCAAUAAGCCAAUCAUUGUGCAUCGGCACAUUGCAGAAAAAUCAAUAAAUGUGUUUGAUCAUCCAUGCCACAAAUAAAGUCACGAAGAUCACAA